AUGAAGAAUAUCCCCAAAUCCCACUUCACACAUUCUGGUUCUGGAAAGACAGAUGAGUAUCUCUUGGCCAGGUUCAAAGGCGAUGGUGUAAAAUACAAGGCAAAGCUAAUUGGUAUUGAUGAUGUGCCAGAUGCAAGAGGGGAUAAAAUGAGCCAAGACUCUAUGAUGAAACUGAAGGGAAUGGCAGCAGCUGGUCGGUCUCAGGGACAACACAAGCAAAGGAUCUGGGUCAACAUUUCACUUUCUGGGAUAAAAAUAAUUGAUGAGAAAACUGGGGUAAUAGAGCAUGAACAUCCAGUAAAUAAGAUUUCUUUCAUUGCCCGUGAUGUGACAGACAACCGUGCAUUUGGUUAUGUAUGUGGAGGAGAAGGCCAGCACCAGUUUUUUGCCAUAAAAACAGGACAACAGGCUGAGCCAUUAGUGGUUGAUCUUAAAGACCUUUUUCAAGUUAUCUAUAAUGUAAAGAAAAAGGAAGAAGAAAAGAAAAAGGCAAGUACUAUGCAAAACAGGCUUUAUUACAUUUAAGACUAUACAGGCAGUCCCCAGGUUAUGAACAAGAUAAGUUCCUAACUGUAUCUUUAAGAAUCUGGUGUUGACCAGAUGGAUUUGUUUGGGGACAUGUCUACACCUCCUGACCUAAAUAGCCCAACAGAAAGCAAAGAUAUCCUGUUAGUGGAUCUAAACUCUGAAAUCGACACCAAUCAGAAUUCUUUACAAGAAAAUCCAUUCUUAACAAAUGGCAUCACCUCCUGCUCUCUUCCACGACCAAAGCCUCAGGCAUCCUUCUUGCCUGAAAAUGCUUUUUCUGCCAAUCUCAACUUCUUUCCCACCCCUAAUCCUGAUCCUUUCCGUGAUGAUCCUUUCACUCAGCCAGACCAAUCGACACCCUCUUCGUUUGAUUCUCUCAAAUCUCCAGAUCAGAAGAAAGAGAAUUUGAGUAGCGUGUCUCCUCCACUAAGUAAUGGGCCCCUGAAUGGUGAUGUUGAUUACUUUGGUCAGCAGUUUGACCAAAUUUCCAACCGGACUGGCAAACAGGAGACUCAGGCAGGCCAGUGGCCCUUUCCAAGCACACAGACCCAGCCUGCUGUGAGAACUCAGAAUGGGGUAUCUGAAAGAGAACAGAACGGCUUCCAUAUCAAAUCCUCCCCGAACCCUUUUGUGGGAAGCCCUUCCAGAGGACUGUCAGUACCGAAUGGCGUAAAGCAGGACUUGGAAAGCCCUGUCCAGUCCUCACCACAUGACUCCAUAGCCAUUAUCCCACCUCCACAAAGUACCAAACCAGGAAGAGGCAGAAGGACUGCUAAGUCUUCAGCAAAUGACUUGCUUGCAUCAGACCCCUUUGCUCCUCCUGUCUCAGAAUCGCCAGGACAGACGUCACCUACGGGACAACCUGCAACCUUACCAACCAAUCCUCUGGAUCUUUUCAAGACAAGUGUUUCUGCCCCAGUGGGGCCCCUUGCAGGUCUAGGUGGUAUACCAGUUACACUUCCUCAGGCAGGACCAUGGACUCCACCAUCUUUAGUCUUCAAUCAUUAUGGUAGCCAGGCACCAUCCAGUUCUUCUGGUCUCCUGACAAAUGAGACAGUUGUUCACAGAGAACCACCAAAGCCAAUUCCCAGACAAGGUGUCCAGCCAGUUACCAAAUCUGCUGACAAUGCAUUCGAGAACCCUUUCUCUAAAGAUUCUUUCAGUUCAUCAGCACAAGCCCCU